ACAAUCCAUUUUGCAGCGUCGUUUUAUCGCCAUGGAAGGUGACAUGUUGGCGAUAUACAAUUUCAAUGAAAAUGAGAUGCCCGAUGGGAGCAAUGCAUUAGAAUUUCCCGAUCUUGAUUUUGUUUACUCAGAUGCGGAUAGUCAUACGAAUGAAAUUUCCGAAUUAUACAGCUAUACAGAACAAACAGAAUUCCAACACAAUGUCAAGGCAUUUGAAGAUCGGAUGGAACUGUACAAGUUUCCACCAAGUUGGCAAAAACUUUCAGAAGAUGAACAAAAGGGAAUAAUAUUAAAAUUACUCGAUCAACUUGAUAUGUCGAAAAAGAUUCAACGCAUGAAGGCUGCUCGAUGCAUAUUGUACCUGGCCCAAGGCUGUUGGGCGGAAGUGCAAUCCGAUCAGGAGCAACAAAUGUGGGCACGAAAAAAUGUCAUGAUGCUUUACGAAGCCGGCGUUUUUGGAGCAUUCGUUGAACUGUUGAAUCUUGAAAUUGACAAUUCAUCCACAGCCAAUAUUGCAAUGCGAAAAAUAGCUGUAUCGCUAGCAGAUUCGAUCGAUUUACGAGUGAUUUUAUCAGUGCUGUAUAUUAUGACCGAAGUAAUGCGUGCCGAAAAAGAAAGCAAAAACCAGGAAUACUAUCAGAUGGUUUUGAAUUUUGUCACAGAAAUAACACACCCCAUAGGUGAUGAAUUGCUGUCAGUAAAACUACUCGGGAUGGUCACACAUUUCUGCUCCGGAGUGGCACCACAUUUCCCUAUGAAGAAAGUGUUACUCUUACUCUGGAAAAUUUCUCUAGUGUCGUUGGGAGGCAUGGAUACACUGAAAUAUUUAAAAGAUAAGUAUCGUAGUGCGGCCGGCCUUCCCUUGAAUCGAGAAGACACGUUAGAGAUAUCAAAAGUGAUGCGUGCCAGUUCCCCACCGAUUACGGCACCUUCAAAUGAUGACAAUCAAAACGCCAAACGUAGCAGACCAUCCCGAAGAAGCUUAAUAAAACAAAGCUCUUUAGACGAACAAGAGCAAUUGGGCCUUGAGAUGGAGACAUCGGCGACUGAAAAUGAAGAAGAUCUUUCCGACUACUUUCGCCAGUAUGAUGACCCAGCAACGGCAAACGUUGCAAAUGCAACAACAUCUGGAGAGGACGAAGAUCAAACUACACCGCCGCCAGCAGCACCAGCUGAAGUUGAACCUGAACCUGAACCUCCACAAGAGGUCACUAACCGUCUUCCCUGGGCGCCGAAAAUUAGACGAAAGGAUAUAGAUAUAUUUCUCAACAAUUCGCGAAGCAAAUUCAUUGGGUUUACUCUGAAAGAUGACCAUGAAACGAUAGCUGGAUUACCGCAGCCGAUUCAGGAAGGAUUUAAAACACUUAAUAAGCACAUGUACGUCAGUUUGGCAGAUGUGCAGAUUCGACGAGAAGAUGAAGUUAACCGCAAUCCGCUCUCCACGGCUGAAGAUGAGAUAUUGUUAACACCAACCGAAAUUCUGUAUCAGGCAUUACUACCCAAUUUAUCGCAGUACAUGAUAUCCUUGUUAAAAAUCCUUUUAGCUGCUGCUCCGACCUCCAAAGCCAAAACCGAAAGCAUCAACAUCAUGGCAGAUGUAUUGCCAGAAGACAUGCCAAUGACGGUACUUCAAUCAUCAAAGUUAGGAAUCGACGUAAGUCGUCAUAAGGAGAUUACUGUUAAAGCUGUAUCGGCUAUCCUGCUAUUAUAUCUGAAGCAUUUUAAGAUCAAUCAUAUUUAUCAGUUUGAGUUUAUCUCGCAGCAUCUAGUGUUUGCGAAUUGCAUCCCUCUUGUGCUGAAGUUUUUCAACCAAGAUAUCAUGAGCUAUGUUGGAGCGAACAACGGCAUUCCGAUUAUCGAUUUUCCAUCCUGCGUGAUUGGUGAACAACCGGAACUGACUUCGGAAUCGAUGCUAGUCGGCGAUUCGGCAACAUAUUCGUGGCGAAAUGUGUUUUCCUGCAUCAAUCUGUUGCGCAUACUGAACAAACUUACAAAAUGGAAGCACUCACGUAUCAUGAUGCUGGUCGUAUUUAAAUCGGCACCGAUUUUGAAACGUACUCUAAAGGUACGCCAUGCCCUUAUGCAACUGUACGUAUUGAAACUGCUUAAAAUGCAAACCAAGUACCUCGGUCGGCAAUGGCGCAAAUCGAACAUGAAGACAAUUAGUGCAAUCUACGCCAAGGUACGCCAUCGGUUAAACGACGACUGGGCAUUCGGAAACGAUUUAGAUGCCCGACCCUGGGAUUUUCAGGCGGACGAAUGUGCCCUCAAGAGUGGCGUUGAUCGGUUUAACAAUCGACGGUACCUGCAAGUUCAGAAUGGAAUACUAGCCGGUAUCGAGGGUCUCGACUAUGACGACCCGAUCGAAGUAAUUGGAGGUGGGAUCGGCGUCGGUGGUUCAGCUGGGAUCGGAGGUGGCAUUGUUGGUGGUGAUGGGCUGAACUCUGCGGGUGGUGUACCAGGAUCGCUCGGCUGUACAAAUGGAGGUGCCUCCAGUGGUGGUGUUGCAUCAGUUCUUGGUGCAUCGGAGCGGAAUAAUCCAGCCUGUUAUGGCGGGCUAGCGCGUAAACCGGAAGAAAUCGAAUUGAGCGAAGAGUUCAAGCAGAAUUACGAGCUCUGGUUGCAACAGGAGGUUUACAACAACAAUAUCGACUGGGAUGCUCUUCUGUCAAUGGACAACAAUUAAACGCGAAAGCUUGAAAUUCGGGAUAAAGAGACGAAUUUUCUCAAUAAAAAAAAUAUGUUUGCUUGCGGGUUACAUAAUACAUAUCGGCACUGCAUCUAGUAACAAAAAAGUAAGAAAUGGAAAUGAUUUUCAAAAUAAUUGACGAAACAAUCGUUCCAGGUCAAAAGCAUUCUUAGCGUACGUUUGUACCAUUGCCCUAUCUGCUGAUAAACUCAUUCCUUUAUUUGCACAAUUUUAAUAUCACAACUGUACACUAGCAUGAUGUUCGAUGCUCGUGUUACAUUCUAUAAUGGGAACAAUCGAUAUUUUUGCAGAAUAUAGACUCGAAGAUUGGGGGAGCUCGAUAGCCGAAGCGUUAGCAUAAACACACGAUAAAUAUCGGUAUCGAAUCUCGUCUGGGCCCUUCCCCGUACGCAGGACUGACUUUCCAGCUACGAGUAAUUAAAAGUCAUGAAAGCCUUGGCUAAGCAUAGCAAGGUAGGCCAUGUCAUUUCGACGUGCUCAAUUGUGAGCGGGCCAGUAAAGAAGAAGACUCGAGAAGAUCUAAGUACAUUUUUUCCUCUGCCACCAUAUACUACAUGAUCAAGGAAGAAAAAUGUUACGACUGUCGAACUUUGACCAACCAAUCGCAGGGCUACAAAAGGACAACUUGAGCUCCAAACAAACAAGUGCCGUUUUGAUUUAAAUAAACCCCGUUAUGGCUUGACCACACGUUUGAAAGUAUGCUUAUAAAACAGUUGUUUUUAUUAAAGAUAAAUAAAACAGUCGCAAUUACAGAUCCUUAUCAAGGCAGAUGCCAGAUGCAUGUCUACGUAAAUGUAUCACGCUCAGAUUCGUUGUGUAAAUAAAUGAUCAUGAAAGAGUUUCAGUUGUAUGACUGUGUAAUACAUUCCAAGAUGUUCCCUGUGUUCUCACCCCUUUCAACGCCAAACCGUUCAAAAAAAUUGCAAAAUUUACUGUACCUCUCAUAGCCGGACCGAUUUAAAUAAUAGAUCUAAAGAAUAAAAGAAGUCAUAUUGGGAUUUGUUGCCAGAAUUUAUGGAGCAAUACUCACAGACUAAUACAGCAAAACUUGAUUCUGGUAUCGUACUUUGAUAAUCCAUCAACAAAGAAGAAAUGAAACAGAAAUAGACUACCCGAAA